AUGAUGUCGCUGGAGCUGACCAAGGAGAACAUCAACGCAGUCUCUCUCGAGUUGGUGAAGGACAAGAAGAUGUUCGAUAAAAACGUGAACUAUGUAAUGAGCUUCAUGUUCAAGAGCUUUCCGGAAAAAACCGAGCUUCUCAGUAGAAUCAAAGUCCUCAGCAUCAAGUCGAAAGCUGCAAAGAAAAUAGAUCUGGAAUCAGACAUUAUGGAGCAGAUAGCAAUGAAUGUUUUUGCCAUUAAGAACAUCAACGAGGGGAGCUUCAUGAAGAACAUGAUGACUCUUUUCAAGGACCCAAGCACCUUCUCAAAGGUGUUUCUGACUUACUUCUACUCUGGUUCGGAUCUUGGAACCGAAAAAACGGAUGAGAUCUUGAACGAAAUCAUGGAGCUAAUACUCUGCGAGUCUGGUCUCAAGAAGGACUUUGAGGAGUUUAUGGCCGACAUUGGGCCCUCAGAGGACUUGAAGUCUGUAUCGUCCUGCGAAGAAGUAGCAAAGGAUCUGGACACAGGUGGCCCUGAGAAACUCGCCAACGAGGCCGUUGACGAUGAAUCAUCAAGCACAGCAGUGUCGUUGGUCUCCCUAGAUGAUUCCGAGGAAAUCAGGAGAAUCGAUGCAUCCAUCUCCUUACUGUUUGAGGGAAGAAAAAAGAAACUGUCGCCGCUGUCUCUUGCAACAUGUGCCAGGGCACUAAGCAUCAUGAACAUAAUACUAGAAAACAACUACCCCGGGCGUGUAGACAUUGUUCCUGCCCUCAUGUAUAUUUCAAAGAUAGACCAAGUAAUCUUCAAGCGGUCGUUGGCGGCCUUGAAAACAGUACUAAGGAAGAUAGACUACAAAGACAAGGAAAGGCUGUUUGAGAUGUUCUGCAUCCUGCUGGAGCAAAACCCAGAGAUGAUAAGAAUGACGAUGCUUGUUGUAGACAGCUGCGGAGACCAUUUUCUAUGGCCCGAGUUCCUCGAGAGUGUGGAUAGAAACGAAGAGGCCGAUUUGGACAUGAUUGAUAGAACCUGCAUUCCGGAGCAUUUUUUCUACGAGUUUAUAACGCUUACCGAAAAUCCAAAAAGAUAUCUGACUGUGGCCAAGAACAUGAUUAAGAACGAGACAAAUGUCGACGUCCUCGAAGACUUGCAUUCGAAGAUUAGGGAUAUUAGGCUGAGAGGAAUAAAGCAAAUGAAGGACGCCAUAAGCUCAAGGAUUGUGGCCUUGAAAGGUGAGGAGCGCCCCAAGAAACAAAAAAGAUCAGAAGAACGCCAUGAUAAUUAA